AUGGCUCCGGCAUCCAAGUCAUCCGUCAGUCGACGCAAGUCCAACGGCGCAACGGGCGCCCUGACCAUCGUCCUCAAAGUCUCCCCCGACAGGCUCAAGGACCUUCUCGACCCCCAGCCCACCAAGGAAGAAACGCCUGUCAAGGACUCGCCCGAGGACAAGGUCGCCUUGCCCACAGAGGAGAGCAAGCCCGAAUCCGCCGCCGCCUCGCCUGCCCCCAGCAACACGCAGCCCACGACUGUCGCGGUCAACGGCGAGAACGCGUCCGACUCAAACCCUGCCACGCCCGCCGCAACUGCGAAUGGAACACCCGCACCAGGCACAAUGGCGCCUCCCGUCGACGGCUCGAAGAAGAAGGGAACCAAGCGAUCCGCAGGCGCCGCCAAUGCCUCGGGACCCGAUGGCCUGCCCAAGGUCAGGGGCAAGCCCGGUCCCAAGAAGAGGCUCGACUGUAGUAUCCCUGUCAUGACCGCCGUCUACUCGCGACGUUCAAGCUGA